CUGGCAGUCUGGACGUUCCACAGCUUUCCUCGCCAGCUCCGGAUCAGAGAUUUCUCAACUGAUCAGUUUAUAAGUACAGUACAAGUCUACCUUUUCUGAAGAAGCUCUGACUGACCUAAACACCCUUUCAGCUCUGCAGUGGCUUUACUGCACUCAAGGAUGGGGGUCAAAGCAGCUCUACCCAAAUAUGAGCUCUACUGUUACUACGUCAUACUGUCCAUGGCCAUGCUCUGGGCCGCCAGCUGGAUUUUUGAUGUGUCCGCUUCAAAUGUAAACCGCAAGACCUUCAAGUCCAGCAUCCAGCCAGGAUGGUACUAUUUUGGCAGAAAAAUGGACACGGCUGAUCCGGAGUGGAUGAUGUGGUUCUGCAGGUUCCGUGAGCACAUUGUGUUCGCUCUGUCUGGCCAUGUCAUAUUCGCCAAAAUCUGCUCCAUGCUGGCUCCACAGUACCGUUCUCUGGUCUACAUGGUGUAUGGACUACUGGCUGUGCUGUCCACCAUGGGCUGGACGUACGUCACCCUCAUCCUCUCCCACUGUGUGCUGCUCUACAGCAUCUCUCUGGUCAAACUGCGCUGGCUCUGCUUUGCUGCUGGACUCACCACUCUAGCAACGUUUAAAAUGGAGCCAUUCGUUUCCUGGCAGGCUGGGUUUGUCACUGGAAACUUUGAGCUCCGUCACAUACUCUUCUACGGGGGCUGUGGCUUCACCAUAAUGCGCUGCAUGAGCUUUGCUCUGGAGAACUGUGAGAAGAAAGAGGGCAACUACAGCAUCCUGGAGCUGCUGAAAUACAACUUCUACCUCCCGUUCUUCUAUUUCGGACCCAUCAUGACGUUUGAUAAAUUCUACAUACAGGCCAAUAACCCUGACCUGAGCAGAAAAGAGAGGGAGAUGUGGAACAUUUCCAUGCAGGCCGUGUUGCACCUGGGCGUAAUAAUCAUGGUGGCCAUCAUCUUUCACUUCAUGUACAUUCUGACUAUACCCAGUGACCCGAAGCUGCUGAAACACCUCUCAGACUGGGCUGUUGGUGGUUUGGCCUAUUUGAACCUGGUCUAUGAUUGGGUGAAAGCAGCGGUGAUGUUCGGGGUGAUAAACACCAUUUCUCAACUGGACCACCUGGACCCCCCCAAACCUCCAAAAUGCAUCACAAUGCUCUAUGUCUUCUCUGAGACGCAUUUUGACAGAGGAAUAAACGACUGGCUCUGCAAGUAUGUGUACAACUACCUCGGUGGAAAACACGACAAUGUUCUGGAUGAGCUGAUAGCCUCACUCUGCACUUUUGGAGUCACAGCCUUGUGGCUUGGGCCAGGAUGGGUGGUUUUCAUCUGGGCUUUCCUCAACUGCUUUGGGCUGAACUUUGAGCUGUGGAUGACCAAGUUCUUUAAGACGGAGCCAUUUGUUUCAAUCGAGCUGGCAAUGUCUGAAUCCAUGUCCCGCAGAAUUAGAGCGGUUUUUAACACAUUCAACUUCUGGAGUAUUGUCCUCUACAACAUCCUGGCACUCAACAGCCUCGACUUCGCUAAGCUUGUUGCCAAAAGACUGCUGCUGAAAGGUUUCCCUCUGUCCACCAUCACAGCGAUGAUUGUGACUUACUGCUUGGUGCAGAUCAUUAAAGAAAGAGAGAGGAAGCAGGCUCUGAUCAAUGACCCGGAUCCAAUCCCCCCACCUGCCCCUGUUGCCCCACCUACCCCUGCCACUGCUCCAGCCACUGCCGCCCAAAUGGAUGCCACAGCUGCCCAGCCUGUUGACCCCAGCAAGGAAAAGGCAGAAUAGAGAGAUUUUCUGAUAUUAAGUUUAGUAAUAUAGCAGAAGAACAGUCUUGAUUUAACAGAAACAUCUCGUUCAUACCUGGUCACUUCAUUUGACUAGUAUUUGGAUUGUAUCAUCAUGAGAUUUUAACCACAGGCAUUUCCUCUCGGUAGUCAAAUGUCUCUAAAUCAGACUGAAAUCUGGAAUAUGCAGAUUUGCUUGUAGUGCAGUAAUUACUGCUGGUGUUUGGGUUGAAGAAUGAGUAUUGAAGAAACGUAUUCUUCAACACUGCCUCCCAGACAACCUUGUGAAGUGGUUUAAGGGAUUGGAUGUGUAGUGUUACCUGUUUUACACUUGCAUUUUUAUGUGGUGCAGUCUUAUCCAGAUAUAAUCCUGAUGCUAAAGACACAUGAAGUGAUCAGGUGUAAACAAGGUCUAAUAUGUCUACAGAAAGGUAACAUAUUUGUACUCAAUAGAGAACAAAUUUUCAGUACUGUAUCAGAUAAACAUGAUAGCUCAGACAGCUCAGUGCUGUUAUAUUACACAUGAUCAGAAACAAUACUUAUACUCUGUAAAUAUCAUCUUAUUGUGCUUUAAAUCAAUAGAGGAACUUUUAAAAGGGAAUUUAAAAAAUCAGCCAAAGUAAAUUAACUUUAUCAACAUUACAUGAAAAAAUAAAAACAUGUAACAAACCUAAAUGCAAUUCAGUGUAAUAGUGGUAAAUCUGAGAAUACACAGAAAAUGUAUACACAUACAGUACCAGUCAAAAGUUUGGACACACCUAAUCACGUUAUUAUUUUUUGCAUGGUAGAUUAAUACUGAAGUCAUCCAAACUAUGAAGAGAAACCUUAGCCUUAUUUAGUAAACAAAAAAUAUUAAAUUCACCAGAAUCUGUUUUAUAUUUUAGAUUCUUCAAAGCAGCACCUCUUGCUUAGAUGGCAGCUUUACACAUCUUGGCUGUAUUUUCUCAGUCAGCUUUAUGAGGUAGAGUCAGCCGGGAUAGCUUUCAGUUAACAGCUGUGCUGAACUUGUCAAGGGGUAAUUACUUGAAUUUUUUGUCUCUUAAUGUGUUUGAGAGCAUCAGUUGUAAAGUUGUGAGUAAAGUAUCAUCAAGUGCAGUUGCAAAGCCUAUCAAAAACGCUAUGAAGAAACUGGCUCUCAUCAGGACUUCCCUAGAAGAACAAGAGUUACCAGCCUUAGAAACCACAAGUUAACAACACCCUAAAUAAGAGCCACCUUAAUGCUUAAUGAGUUGUUAGAUUUGUUUAACACUUUUAAGUUUAAGUUUAGUUCCUUAUGUGUUCCUUCAUAGUCUGAACUACUUCAGUAAUAAUUUACCUUGUAGGAUCUUUUUUUUAAAUCAUUAAAUGUAAAGCUGUGCUAAACGUUUGACUGGUCAUGUAUGUACAUGACAAAUGCAUAAUUGUGUAAUGCUGAGACCUAUAACAGAUCUCAGGCAUCAUACAGUGUAUUUUGUUUAAAGUUUUAGAGUUUUCGUUGAGGUUCGUCACUAACCAAUUACAUGGUGAACAAUCCUGACACCCUCUGAAUGAUAUUUCAUAUUUACAUCUCUUGUGCAGUAUACGUCUGCAAUAAAAAAGGCUACUUGAAUUAUAA